AUGGAGGAAUUGCAAACGAUGGACAAUAUUCGGCAGCACGCGGUGAAAGGCUUUGAUGGUCGGCUUUACCCACCCACGUUUUACCCUACCGAGAUAAAUACCAUGCCGCGCGCCAAGGCGGGGUUUGUCGUUUUGGUGCGCAAUGGCGAUUUGGAGGAGAUGCGCAGUAGCAUGCGCGAUGUCGAGGACAGGUUCAAUCACGAGCCGUUCAAUGAGGAAUUUAAAGCGGGGGUCAAGAAAAUGACGCGCUCCGAGACGCGCUUUGGCCUCAUUCCCAAAGAGCACUGGAGCUAUCCUGACUUUAUUGAUCAGGACAAAGCCGCCGAUACGCGCAGAAUCAUGACUGAGCAGCGGAUCAUCUAUGGGUUCUCUGAAUCCUACCGGCACAUGUGCCGGUUCAACAGCGGCUUCUUUUUCCACCACCCCCUCACCCAGGACCUCGACUACUACUGGCGCGUUGAGCCAGGAAUCAAAUUGCUUUGCGACAUUGACUACGAUCCGUUUUUGUUUAUGGAGUUGAACAACAUCAAGUACGGUUUUACCAUCUCGAUGCACGAGUAUCCGCUCACGAUUCCCACCCUCUGGAAUGUAACGCGCGAGUUUGUUAAACAGCAUCCUGAAUCACUCGCAAAGGAUAACGCACUGCAUUUUAUUGCCGACGAUCCCAAAAAAGGCAUGGACCAGGAGUACAACAUGUGCCACUUUUGGAGCAACUUUGAAAUCGCCGAUUUGCGGUUCUGGCGCAGCAAAGUGUACACUAGCUACUUUGAUUUCCUCGAUCAUAAUGGCGGCUUCUUUUAUGAGCGAUGGGGUGAUGCGCCUGUGCACAGUAUCGCCGCAUCACUCUUCUUGAACCGAUCGGAAAUACAUCACUUUGAAGACAUUGGCUACCAUCAUCCGCCGUGGACACAUUGCCCCGCCAGCGUCUCGAAGUUCCACGAAACGGGCAAGUGUCUUUGUAAUCCAGAGGACUCGGCUGAUCUUGGCGAUUUUUUCUGCCAGUGGCAGUGGUGGCGCACCUCGAUAGAAGGGAAGCCUGAUGCUGCGUAA